AGGGCGCCCUAGGGUUUCCUGCCUCUGAGGCAGGCGGGAUGUACGUGCCGCGGCCUUCCCGCUCUGACGGCGGCCGCGACGCCGGCGAGCAGCCUAGGGUUUACCAGGUUUGGCGCGGAAACAACAAAUUCUUCUUGCAAGGGAGGUUUAUAUGUGGGCCUGAUGUGAGAUCCAUAUUUCUCACUAUGUUCCUCAUUGUUGCACCAGUGGCGGCUUUCUGCGUGUUUGUCGCCAGACACCUCAUGAAUGACUUUCCUGAUCAUUGUGGUAUCUCAGUGAUGGUAGUGGUGGUUGUCUUCACUGUUUAUGAUUUGACGCUGCUUCUUCUGACAUCUGGUAGAGACCCUGGUAUAAUACCUCGUAAUACUCAUCCUCCAGAACCUGAAAGCAUUGAUGGGAGCAAUUAUAUUAGGGGUCAGACACCACAACAAUACCGUUUGCCUCGGACAAGGGACGUCAUUGUAAAUGGAAUCAGUGUGAAGGUUAAGUACUGUGACACCUGCUUGCUUUACCGACCGCCUCGAUGCUCACACUGUUCUAUCUGCAAUAAUUGUGUGGAAAGGUUUGAUCAUCACUGCCCAUGGGUUGGCCAAUGCAUAGGACAGCGCAAUUAUCGGUUCUUCUACAUGUUUGUGUUCUCUACCACAUUAAUCUGCCUCUAUGUAUUUGCCUUCUGUUGGGUGUACAUAAUCAAGAUUAGAGAUGCUGAGGAAUCGUCAAUUUGGAGGGCAAUGCUGAAGACACCAGCCUCCAUUGUUCUAAUUAUCUACUGUUUUCUGUGUGUAUGGUUUGUUGGUGGUCUGUCUGUCUUCCAUUUCUACUUGAUGAGCACCAACCAGACAACCUAUGAAAAUUUCAGGUACCGCUAUGAUCGGCGCGCUAACCCGUAUCACAGAGGUGUUCUGAACAAUAUUCUGGAGAUAUUUUGCAGCUCUAUUCCUCCUUCCAAGAACAAUUUCCGGGCAAGGGUCACAGCAGAUCAAGAUAUACAACAGGCACGAUCGCCAUCUAGGGGUUUCAUGAGCCCCAACAUGGGCAAGCCUGUUGGAGAUCUAGAAAUGGGCAGGAAGCCAGUGUCCUGGGAUGAACCGAGGACGGGGGCUGAUAUUAGCGACUUGGAAGUAGGUCUUGGGGGCAUGUUGGAUGGGAAAGAGGGCAGAGUAACCCAUGCAUCUCCAAAUCUUAGCCAAGAAGAAUUUUCACCGGAGCUUGUGGAAGGCCGAGCGGGCAUGCAUUCAAGGCGGUCAAGCUGGGAUCGCAGAGCUGGAUCCUUGGGGUCAGUGGACAGCAACACUCUGCAAACGAAUCCUGCCGAGGAAGCUAAUGUGGGCGUUCAUGCCACCACGAGCGGUGCACAUUAGCAAGAACAAAAUGAAAGCUACAGACUGUUUCAGCUCGGCGUGGAGUGCGCAGUUGAUCAGCUUCUGAUCGGAGAAGCAGGUGCGGCAGGCUAAGGACCUGAACGGUGUAAUUCGAACACAGCUCUUUGCUGUUUGGUUCACGUUAGUGCAUCAGACUGAUCGAGCUUCUGUUGUUGUGUUUCUUUGGUGUGUCAAAAAAGUGGCCAAAGAGCUCAUGCUCCCACCUAUCCUGGGUUUGGGUCGAUGAUUGAUGUAUCUGCAAAUUGUGUAUAUAUAUAUAUUAUUGGAGUGUAUGUGCUUGUAUUGUCAUGCUUUGGCUUGUCAGAGUGCCAUUUUUCUUUGUUGGCUUGAAAGGAGGGAUGUAUUGAAUUGUUAUUAAUAUUAUCGUGGCAGAGUUGUCUUGAA